CAACCUUACAAUAAGGAAGAUAAAUGAGAGAAAGAGGGCCCAUGAAGCAAUAAUAAAAAAAAACCCCAUUUUGAUGCCCUAAUCUUUCCAAAUCAAAAUUCAUUGAUUUCACAACAAAAAAUUCAAAGAAAACCACACUCUUCUCCUUUCUCUUCUUCUUUCUCCUCCAUUUUCUCUCAUCCUUCAACAUAUCUCUACCUCCAAAUCCACCCCUCCAACUGUUGUAGAAUUGUACAAAUUCUCGCUCGAAGUUUCAACCUAAUCCUACCAAAAAAAAUUAGGUCUUUGCAUGAUACCUGAGAAAUUCCCAAUUUCCCCGUUAGAUUUUGUUAGUUUAGGCCCCAAUCACAACCCCAUUUUGAGAAUUUUUCGUUCGCAAAGUAAGAUCGGAGGGAUGAAGAAUAGAGAUAGAGAGAAGAGCCCACCUAGGAUGGGUUUAGGGCGAGGGUUGAACUCGAAUCGUGGGUUUCAACCAAGGCCACAACAAUAUGUGCAGAGGCAUAUGGUUCAACAUCGACAUCAUCUGCAACCAUAUCAACAUAACCAUCACCACCACCACCAUCAGCAGCAACGACAACAACAUCAUCAUCAUCAACAACAACGACAAUGGUUGAGAAAGGACCAGUUAAGUGGUGGGACCAACACCAAUGUUGUUGAGGAGGUUGAGAAGACUAUGCAGUCUGAAGCCAUUAACUCAAGUUCACAAGAUUGGAAGGCAAGACUAAAUAUUCCACCACCUGAUACAUGCCAUAAGACAGAGGAUGUGACAGCAACUAAAGGAAAUGAAUUUGAGGAUUACUUUUUGAAGCGCGAGUUGCUAAUGGGAAUAUAUGAGAAGGGUUUUGAAAGGCCUUCUCCUAUCCAAGAAGAAUGCAUUCCGAUUGCUCUUACUGGUAGUGACAUUCUUGCUAGGGCUAAAAAUGGAACAGGCAAAACAGCUGCCUUUUGUAUUCCUGCAUUGGAAAAAAUUGAUCAGGAUAAUGAUGUUAUUCAAGUUGCAAUAUUGGUACCAACACGAGAACUGGCUUUGCAAACAUCUCAAGUGUGUAAAGAUCUCGGAAAACAUUUGAAAAUUCAAGUUAUGGUUACAACAGGUGGUACCAGCCUGAAGGAUGAUAUCAUGCGCUUAUAUCAACCAGUUCAUCUGCUAGUUGGAACUCCGGGAAGAAUAUUAGAUCUUGCAAAGAAGGGUGUUUGCAUUCUGAAUGAUUGCUCUAUGCUUGUUAUGGAUGAGGCUGAUAAGCUUCUCUCCCAAGAGUUCCAACCUUCAAUAGAGCAGCUGAUUCAAUUUCUUCCUGGAAACCGUCAAAUCCUGAUGUUUUCUGCUACAUUUCCUGUUACUGUCAAGGACUUCAAAGAUCGAUAUCUUCGUAAGCCAUACAUCGUUAACCUUAUGGAUGAGCUAACUCUGAAAGGUAUUACACAAUAUUACGCAUUUCUGGAAGAGAGGCAGAAAGUCCACUGCCUAAAUACACUUUUCUCUAAGCUGCAAAUAAAUCAGUCGAUCAUCUUCUGCAAUUCCGUGAAUCGGGUUGAGCUACUCGCCAAGAAAAUCACAGAACUUGGGUAUUCAUGUUUCUAUAUUCAUGCAAAGAUGUUGCAAGAUCACCGAAAUAGAGUGUUUCAUGACUUCUGCAAUGGUGCCUGCAGAAACCUUGUUUGUACUGAUCUUUUCACUAGGGGAAUAGACAUCCAAGCAGUCAAUGUUGUUAUUAAUUUUGAUUUUCCAAAGAACUCAGAAACUUAUCUGCACAGGGUUGGUCGUUCAGGGAGGUUUGGACACCUAGGUUUAGCGGUGAACUUGAUCACCUAUGAGGAUCGCUUCAAUUUAUAUAGGAUUGAACAAGAACUUGGCACUGAAAUAAAACAAAUUCCACCACACAUUGAUCAGGCAAUAUAUUGCCGGUAACUGGUGGUAAAUACCCAGAUUGUAUUCACAACCGUGGUGAAUAGCAUUGGUUGAUGCGAAUGUUGUUCUAGCACUUGUGAAUGCUUUGUAAUAAGGAUACACUAUGAAAAUUGGGGUAUUGUCAGACCAUUUAUCGAAUGCUUUUUCGUUAAUUUCUGUUUUGCAGAACUCGGGGGAUUAGUCCUUAACUAUUGCCAAAAGAUACCGUGGUUCACACCCAAAAAAAAAAAAACAGUAUUAUUAGGACCUUCAGAAAGUUCAAUAUGGGCUUUCAAAUGUGUUUGUUCUAUAAGUGUUGUUGCUCCAGAUUUUCCAUUUCCUCAGUAAUCCUUUAACUGUUUUCUUAGGAAUGUACCGUACUAUGAAGACAUCUCUUCCUAUUCUAGAAUAAUAUGCUGUUUGUUUUUCCAUUGUAUUUGAAGUGACCAUUGCCAGUUGAAGGGCCUCCUGAUUGCAUGAGCGUUAGAGGAUAAUUUUAGCACCAAUGGUUUGCUAUUAGUAGCUUUUAGUAUUCAUGGAUGUGCUUUGGUACACCAUAAGCAGCUUUGGUUAAAA